CAAUUCUUAGAGCUGCUGCAAAGCAUGACUUCCUCCUCUGUCAUUGAUAAACCUCCGGUAAGACGGGUCGCUAUCUUCGGAGGAACUCAUGGCAAUGAGUUAUCGGGGGUAUUUUUGGUCAAGCACUGGCAAGAGAAUGGAGCUGAGAUUCAAAGGACAGGAGUGGAAGUGAAACCAUUUCUUACCAACCCAAGAGCUGUGAAGAAGUGCACUAGAUACAUUGACUGUGAUCUGAACCGUGUUUUUGACCCUGAUAAUCUUGGCAGGACAGUGGUGGAAGAUAUUCCAUAUGAAGUGAGGAGGGCUCAGGAAAUCAAUCAUAUAUUUGGCCCCAAAGGUAGUGAUGAUGCGUAUGACCUUAUUUUUGACCUUCACAACACCACUUCUAACAUGGGUGGUACCCUUAUUCUUGAAAGCUCCAGGGAUGACUUUACAAUUCAAAUGUUUCAUUAUAUCAAGAACGCCCUGGCUCCAGAACACUGCCCGGUUCUGCUGAUUGAGCACCCCAGCUUGAAAUACGCAACAACUCGAUCUGUAGCAAAACAUCCUGUUGGUGUGGAGGUAGGUCCCCAGCCACAGGGGGUUCUUAGAGCUGAUAUUUUGGACAAAAUGAGGAAGAUUGUCAAACAUGGCCUUGAUUUUGUGCAGCUUUUUAAUGAAGGAAGAGAAUUUCCACCCUGUACAAUUGAGGUUUUUGAAAUCAUGGAGAAAGUAGAUUAUCCCAGGAAUAAGGAUGAUGAAGUUAUGGCCAUUAUUCACCCUGAGCUGCAGGAUCAAGACUGGCAGCCACUGAACAAUGGUGAUCCUCUCUUUUUGACACUCGAUGGAGAAGUAAUUUCGUAUAAAGGGGACUGCACAGUCUAUCCAACAUUUAUCAACGAAGCUGCAUAUUAUGAAAAGAAACAAGCCUUUGUAAAGACAGUAAAACUGAAACUCACUGCAAAGCACAUCAGAUCCUCAGUCUCAGCCCAGAACAUUUCCUAAAAGCUUACUACAGAUUUUCAGUACAUGAAGUGAAUUUCUUCUCUUAAAUCCAGGGUGCCAGGAUAGGAAUUCAUGGAAUGAAUACAUAAGUGCAGAAUCUAAUUUGAAAUUGUAAUUUAAUUAACAUUGCUGAGCACUUUUAAGAUGAAACAUACUGUCAAGAUGCUGAUUAUGAUUGUUUACUUGCUCUAAUACAUUACUAGAGACACAAAGAAAUACUAUUUUUAUGAAGUUAGUUCACGCUAUAUAAACUGGCUAAACGAUGUACCACAGAAGGGUUAAGUGGGGAUAAAACUGCAGCCAGCAUCAUAUAGAAAGGUGCUCACCCACAAAACUAUAUAAAAAAUGGCAGCAUCUCUACUUCCUACUCCCAACCCUCCAAUAACCAGCCCUCCUGCAAACGAGGUGGUCCUUGAAACUAAUUCCUCGGAUAAACAAACUACAUGAGACAGAGGAAAGGAGGGAGAGAAACAGGGGGAGGGUCUGGAUAUCAUCUGUGUGUCUGCCUGACCCCUGCUGUGCUGAAGUGGAAGCCUGAGGGUUUGGGUUUGUUCUUUUUUUUAUAUAUAUAUACACACUUAAGAAGGUAUAAACUAAGCUCAAACCAGGAUUUGUGAGACAAAAAGCACUCAAGUGAAAUGUGAAGCUCGUUAAAUUUAAAUUAUUACAAGAUUAAUUCAAGCUGUUCCUCAUUUAACAUUAAUUUAAAGACAAAAAUGUUGAAUCUAGAAAGCAUCUAGUAGUCAGAAACAUACUGGAGCAAUAUUCAGAUUCAGGGACAAGUUGUGCUCACCCACUGGAAACUGAACAAAGUUUCCAUUGCAAUGGAGACCAGAGAAGUUUACAGAUUUGUGACUUCUUAGGUGUGUCCACCUACUGCUUAUAACAUUUUCUAAGUAAAAUUUUAGUCAGCUGCUGUCCCCCAGAUGUUUUGAGUGAAGAAGGCAAGGUUAGGUAACUAAUUACUCAGGUUUUGAUGAAGGCAAAUGCACAAACCAUACCUGAGGAUUUCAGAAUGGGAAUUAAGAGGAAUUCCAUACGAGAAGGCUUCU